UGAGACUCUGCUCCUCCCUGGAAACGGGCUUGGGAGCCCUCAUAGAAGGACUGCCCCGUGGGAUCCAGCGCACACCUGGUGCUCUGGAGAUGCGCCGAAUUAGGGCAGUGAAGGAAUUGGGGUUCGGGUCUCGGGUGCUGAGCUUAUGGUGCAAAGAGCACUGGAUUGGGAGUCUGGAGUCCUGUGUUCUUCGAGCUCUGCUGCUCACAGACUGUGCAACUUUGGACGAGUCCUUCCCUCGGUGGCCUGCAUCCCCGCGCCCUGCUCUCACCCACUGUGCUUCCUCUCCUCCAGGAGGGUGGACGUGCUCCUCAUGACUCCCUGGUUUGCUCCCAUCAUCUGGGACGGGACCUAUGACUCUGCCAUCCUGGACGCGCAAUUCAGAAACACCACCAUCGGGCUGACCGUGUUUGCCAUUAAAAAAUACGUGGUCUUCCUGAAGCUGUUCCUGGAGACGGCAGAGAAGUACUUCAUGGUGGGUCACAGGGUCAUCUACUACAUCUUAACCGACCGGCCGGCGGACGUGCCCCAGAUCCCCCUCCAGGAAGGAAGGCGAGUGGUGAUCCUCAAGGUCCGAAACUACACGCGCUGGCAGGACGUGGUCUUGCACCGCAUGGAGAUGAUCAGCAACUUCUCCCAGCAGCGCUUCCUCCAUGAGGUCGAUUACCUUGUGUCCGCGGACGUCGACAUGAAGUUCAGCGACCACGUGGGUGUGGAGAUCCUGUCGUCUCUCUUUGGCACCCUCCAUCCCGGUUUCUAUGCCAGCGAUCGCCAGCGUUUCACCUAUGAACGCCGCCCAUUGUCUCAGGCCUACAUUCCGGAAGAUGAGGGUGAUUUUUACUAUGCAGCAGCCUUGUAUGGGGGGUCAGUGGCAGAGGUUUACCGGCUCGCCACAGCCUGUCACCAGGCAACGCUGAUCGACAAGGCCAAUGGCAUCGAGGCCGUGUGGCACGAGGAGAGCCACCUGAACAAGUACCUGCUCUACCACAAGCCCACCAAGGUGCUGUCCCCAGAGUACGUGUGGGAUGAGCGGAUGCUGCGGAAACCGCCUUACCUUAGGAGACUGCGAUACGUGGCUGUCCCCAAGAAUCAUGCACAAAUUCGGAGCAGAUGAGACCAGACUUUCCAGGAGA